AUGUCGUACCAUCUUUGUUCCCAGCAGAACCACGGCAAGGGCGCCGGGGCGAACGGCCGUUACUUGGAGCAUCGCGGUGCCCAUUCGCAACCCGCUUCAGAGCCCUCGCGGCAUCUACCUAGACAGGCAAAUUCGCCAACGAUGGCGACGCAGGACGCUGGGUACGACCAAAAUCAACAGACUGGGGCUUCGACCCUGGGAAGAAGCAGGUCCAGCCUCAAGACGAGGGAAAACAAGGCACAUGGUCCGGCGGGGUUCCUGCUGGAAGUCGAGAGACAGUGGGCGGCAUACUACGAACAGCAGCGACGAAGCGGUGUGUAUGAAUAUGGAGACGAGAGCGUCCAGCAAAGACGACGUAUCGAGCCGGACUUUGUGGCUUUCACAAUUGCUGGUGGGAAGAUCUACCUCGAGGAAGGUGGACCGACUCAAGCGAGCAAAAUAAGUUCGGAAAACAGUCAAAGCUCUCAUCGAAUAGCAGGAGAGCACUGGAGGAAGAAGACAAUUUAGAUCAUAUCCCUUUAGCUCAUUAUGGCGUAUCCUGCGUUAGAGGCAAGAGGAACAAGCACACAAAGAUCACUGCUC